AUGUUACGAAGCUACUUUGGAAAGCUUUUCGCCAUGUAUGCGGGAUCAUUGACGGCCGUACCCACGUGCUCGCAGAGCUCGUGCCGCAACCAAAAUGCGCUAGACCUAAAGGCGUUCUAUGCUAGCCCUACGUGGCUUUUCUCAAAAGCAGUGUACUUCAUGUUUCAGCGGACGAGGUUGGGCGAGUACCAUAUUGCACUGAAAGUCAGGGUGAUUACCGUGGACGGGUUGCUAUUCGACCGGGUUUCUUCUGGCGACUACAAAGCCAUUAGGUUGAUGCUUACUCGACAUGAGGUCUCGCCAGAUGAGCUAUAUAAGGAGAGGCAUCAAACUGCCCUACAUUGGGCUAUAGACAGGGGUAGAACAGAUAUCUGUGAGCUGCUGCUGUCAUUUGGGGCUGAUCCUUCCAUUGAGGACUCAUCUGGUGUAUCGGCACAACAGUAUGCCUGGCUUCGUGUAUUGUCCAACUUCAAAAAUCCUCAGGUAGUUUCGGGACUCAGGCGCCUUUUCUGCAAUACGAUCUCCUUUGAUUGCUUGGAUCUCAGUCCUUUACACGAGCGCGUCAUCGGUCUCAAAUCAGCCGUUACAAUGAACAAACUUGACUGGUCCGACUUUAGCAAGUACAUCAACACACGCGACAAAACCGGGCGUACCCCACUGUCCUGGGCCUCAGAACGGGGUGACGAGGAAGCAAUGCGCUACCUUCUACAACAUGGUGCAGACAUCGAAAUCCCUGAUCACAACCACUGGACUCCUUUGCGAUAUGCCUCAUUAGCUCCCACUACGAAAGCAAUGCGUCUUCUUCUUGAGCAAGACGCGGUAGUUGCACCCGAGCGCCAUUACCAGACCAACGCAAUGCAUGACGUUGCGUACCACAAGCGAGAUCUGGAGUAUGUUAAGCUAUUGGAAGAUGCCGGUUGCCUUCUGGAUCAUCAAGACACUGGGCUCAGGACACCGCUUGCAAAAGCGUGUCAUGCCGAUAACGAUAUUGUAGCAGAAUACCUACUCCACCGAGGUGCGAACGCUAACAAUAUCGACGACGCGGGCAUGUCUUGCGUAGCGAGUGCUGUUCGUAACGGUGCCAAUCGCGUGCUAAAGUUGCUUCUCUCUUCCGGCUGUGAGCAUCAUCAUAUCGAUAUACACGGAAGUUCUAUCCUUCAUUGGGCAGCCGCAUCAGAAACUGUAAAUGAAGAAACUCUCGACAUCCUAACCGCCGCGCGAUUACGCGGUAUCAAUAUCGAACUGCGGGAUAAAUCUGGACGUACGGCUGCCCAAGUCUUCGGCGUAAGGAGUGAUGUGGAUGGAGCUUUCAGAACCAAAUUUCGUGAACUGCUAAAGAGCGUUGUGCCUCCGGAGCCGCGGAAAUCAGGGCCAGACCAUCCAGAUGCUUGGCUUGUGCCCGUUACUGUUAUGUGA